GGUAAAUAAAAUCCGGUUUACUUCAUCCACACUCUCUCCGUGUACGACCAGAUAUUCCGAUGGCCGGACCUCCGCCGAAACCCCUGUCCUCCCCGGAGUGGGACUCAUUAAUCGACGACUACAACCUCGGCGCCCGCAUCGACCGCUGGACUGGCGGCGCUCCUGUUAUCGAUCUCUGCCUCUCCUCCCUCCUCCGUAGAGAUCUCCCCGUCCAACUCAAGCUUCACAUCCUUACUUUUCUCGAGCACCACUGCCUCGACGAAUCGCCGUCGCUGUCGUCCCCUUCUCUCUCUCGCCUCCUCGACUCCCUCCGCUCCGUCGUACAGUCGCCGAGCGAUCCUUUUGUUCUCAAGGACCAAUUCCUCGUCUCCACAACCUCCGUUUUCAUCACCGCCUUAAUUGGCGCCGAGGAUUCGAUUGGCGAGUCUCCGCUAACUGUUCUAGUCGAGCUCUUGUUGACCAUAAUCAAUCGCCCCAAUCACAGCAUCGAUCGACACACGCGCGGCAUCGCGUGCGAGUGCUUGCGGCAAUUGGAGCUGGCCUUCCCUUGUUUGCUCUGCGAAAUCACUCCUCAUUUGUGGUCUCUUUGCCAGAGCGAGCGAACACACGUUGCCCAAUGGUAUGUUCUGCUACUAUCUACAGCAAUAGUUAAUGUGAUCAAGCUGAGGCCAAGUGACAGCUCUACUGCGUCCAUUAGUAAUCCCACAAUCCCUUUGAUCCCGUUCAAUGUUCCACAGUUCUUGAGCCAUGGAAUUGGUGAAGAUUUUAUGUGGAAGGAGAAGGAGGUAAGUUACAAUGAGUUGAGGAGGGUGGUUGCUUUCUUGCUUGAUUGCCCGCAGCAUCUCACGCCUUUUGGAUUGAUGGAGUUUAUGGUCUCGAUAAUUCCUGUAGCUCAAGAGCUGGAGCUUCAGCCUUCUCUGCUGAGGGUGCAGUUCUCGUGGUUGCUGUACACCUUUGAGCCGUUGCUUUACCAUGCUUUUCUUGGAAUGUAUUUGAAGUUUUUGGAUUCAUUUGAAGGACAGGAAUUUGACGUAGCUUCACGUAUAUUAUUGUUAUCAAAAGAGUCCCAAAAUCAUCUGGUUUUUAGGCUGCUGGGACUUCACUGGCUUUUGGGUUUCUUUGGUGUAGUUGCUAAUGAUAAGGUUCAAAAGAGAAGUGUUCUUGAUAUGAGCUUAAGCUUUUACCCUACCAUAUUUGACGCGUUGGCUAUGAAAGCUUUGAAGCUUGAUUUGCUUGCUUAUUGCUCUAGUUUCUUGAAUGAUCUUGUAGAUGAGGAUGGCGUAAAAGGUGUGGAGGUUGAUAGGGAGGGGUAUGAGGCUAAGCUAUUUAAAGAUGGCCUUGUUUCUGUAUCAGCUUUUAAAUGGCUACCUCCAUGGAGCACAGAAACUGCUGUGGCAUUCCGCACCUUCAACAAGUUUCUCAUUGGUGGAUUACCACAUUCUGGCGAUCCUUCUUAUUCUGUUGUUCCGACGACUGAGUCCAGAAUUUUCUACACCUUACAGACCAUGCUGGUGGAAUCAACUUCAGAAUAUAGAGGUCUAGUUCCAGUGGUUGUUGCUUGCACUGAUCGCUUGUUGGGAUGCCCCAAACACUGCUGGUUGGGAGAUCAUCUUCUUGAAAAAUUAGAUGAGCAUCUACUUCCAAAGCUCAAAAUGGACUACAGCCUGGGGUCUUACUUCCCCCUAUUUGAGAAAAUUUCUGAAAAUGAUAAAGUUUCACCUAGCGGGUUGUUACAAAUUCUCAUGAGUUUCACAAGUUUCCUCAUAGAGAAACAUGGUCCUGAUACAGGGUUGAAAUCUUGGCUUCAUGGAAGUAAAAUACUUGGGAUCUGUAGGACUAUGCUGAUCCACCACCGGAGCUCUAGAUUGUUUACCAGGCUGUCUCAUCUUCUUGCAUAUACGUGUCUUUAUUUUCGUGAUUUGGAGGUUCGUGACAAUGCCAGAUUUUACUUGCGAAUGCUUAUCUGUGUUCCUGGAAAGAAACUCAAAAAUAUACUGAAUGUUGGGGAGCUUUUGCCAGGGAUAUCUCCAUCCACACAUUCAACCUCAUUAUUUAGUCGUCAUUCUUCUCAAUCUUUGCCCAACCUUAGGAAACCUAGUAAUAUUGCUUCUUUCAUUCAUAUUGAACGUGUGUUACCUUUGUUGGUGAAGCAGUCAUGGACCCUGUCUCUGCCAAAUUUUGGCAUCAAUCCUGAAAAACCUGGUUUCUUUGAGUACAUCAGGGAUAAUAAGCCAGCAGGAGAGGAGAUUGCCUCAAACACAAUGAUGAGUGGAGAUUUAAUCACAGAAAAUGACAGUUUUCAACAGCAGAAGGAACCUCUGCGCGUGAUGGAUACAAAAAUUUCAGAGAUUGUUGGGGUGCUGAGACGGCAUUUUUCCUUAAUUCCUGAUUACCGACAUAUGCCAGGCCUCAAGAUUAAGAUCUCUUGUAGCUUGAGGUUUGACACAGAUCCAUUUAAUGGUACUGGGGAAGUUGAUUCUACAUUGGAUCGAGUGGAUAAACUCCCUGCCCUAUAUGCCACAGUUCUAAGAUUCAGUUCUUCUGCUCCAUAUGGAACUAUUCCUUCAUCUCAUAUUGCUUUCCUUCUUGGCUCAUCAAAUACAAAUAAUAAACUCCUAAGCAAAAGUGAUUCAUUAGCUAUUGUUCCCAUGGAGAAUGGCCAUGUGGAAGAAGAAAACUUCAAAGCUCCUGUAUGUAUAGAAUUGGAGCCUCGAGAACCAAUGCCUGGUAUGGUUGAUGUGUUCAUCGAAACUAAUGCUGAUGAUUGUCAGAUUAUCCAGGGACCUCUUGACAGUAUUUCUGUUGGGAUUGAGGAUAUGUUUCUUAGAGCUCUUCUUCCAGAUGGAAUUACUGAAGAUGCCGUACCUGGUUAUUAUGUAGAUCUGUUCAAGGCAUUAUGGGAGGCCUGUGAGACAUCAUCAAGCAUUGGCAGGGAGACCUUUGUCUUGAAAGGAGGAAAAGGGGUGACUGCUAUAACUGGGACUCGGUCAGUAAAACUUCUUGAAGUUCCUGCAACAUAUUUGAUUCAAGCUGUUGAACGUCACUUGGCACCUUUUGUUGUUAGUGUUGUUGGUGAAACACUUGUCGACAUAGUUCAAGCUGGGGGUGUGAUCAAGGAUGUAUUAUGGAAGGAUUUCAGUUCAGACUCUUCGUUUGAUGUGGCAUGUUCACCGACUAGUUCUGGCGGGCCUCUGUAUCUGAAGUACUUUGGGGAUGAAGACGAUGAAGUAGGGUCAGUCCCAGUUAGUAGGAAAUAUAUAGGUUACAUUCACAUUUUGAUAUUUCUUCCACCAACAUUCCAUCUUCUUUUUCAAAUGGAGCUUCGUGAGUUUUCAACUCUGGUUAGGAUUCGAACUGACCAUUGGCCAUGCUUGGCUUAUGUUGAUGACUAUUUGGAGGCUUUAUUUUUGGAGUGAAGUUUCUUUCAUUCUGCCUUUGGUUUGCUUAUCUUGUUUCGGCUAUAUCUUGGGACAAGCCAUAUUUGCUUCAAGUACAGAGAGGUCUUGACAAGGACAAAAUCAAAUUGCAGGGAAUUCUCAGGGGAAGAUAUCUAUCUAAGUGGGACAAGGCCCUCUUGUUCCAUUAGUUGAGACCCCUAAAUCUUCGGUGGACCACGAGCAGCAGCCAGUUAGAGCAUGAAAAUGAUCCAUCGGUGGGGCAGGGCAGGAUGGCAGAUAAUAAUGCAUGAAAUCAAGAUUGAAAGAGCAGAGCAGGAUUCAACAUUGGCUGUAUAGAAAUGGGCCAUGGAGAAGAAAAUGACUUGAUGAUUGCAUCUAAAAGUGCAGCUGCUGCUGGUGAGAAAUGUCUUAUUUUGCCUGGAGCUGUGAUUUUGCAUAUAUAUAUAUAUAUAUGUAUAUGUUAUAAGUACAAACUUUGGUUCAUUUCAGGUAUCCAAAAUUUGAUUAGACUGCAGAAUUGAUUUAAAUGAGUUUGGCUUGUAUUCCAUCCUCCCAAUGGAAAUGGUGCGCCCUACUCAUCCAAAUCUCUCUUAAAAACAUGACAUUCAUUUAUUUUAAAUAUUAAACCGACAACACAUUUUCUAUUUAAAAUAUCAUCUUAAAUAUUUAUUUAAAUAUUAAACA